GGGCUGUACAAGGUCAGUGGCAGCGGCGUGCAGAGCGACGUCUGCGCGCAGGACUUUCUAGAAGCAGCGGCUCAGCUCUGCGGGCAGGAUUUGGAUUUUCCAGUAAAUCCUUUCAAAAAUGGCCAGAGGAAGUCGCAGUCGCCCCUCAGCUUCAGCCGGCCCAUCUUCAUCCCAUGCUCCAGCUCAUCCACCCCCUGCCUCCUUGGCCCCAGCUCCUGUUCAGUCCCAGGGGCCAGGACUCAUGGCCCAGAUGGCUACCACAGCUGCAGGGGUAGCAGUAGGCUCAGCUGUGGGCCACGUGGUUGGCAGUGCUCUCACAGGGGCAUUCAGUGGGGGUAGCAGCAGCAGUCCAGAACCAGCCAAACCUACAUACCAGGAACCCCCCCGGUCUGCUCCAGCCCAUCCAGGUCCCUGUCACUUUGAAGUCAAACAGUUUCUGGAUUGUGCCACCAACCAGACAGACCUCACUUUGUGUGAGGGCUUCAAUGAGGCACUCAAACAGUGCAAGGUCUCCCAUGGUGUGACAUCACUGGUGUGAUGAACGUCACAUGACUCAGAUACACUGCACCUCAGGCUGUGAGCAUGGAGACUGGGAUUGUAUUGUGGACUUCCUGUAAAAUGUAUGAAAUGUUUUUGCUGUACAGUGAUUAAAUCUUUAAUAAAUAGCUGCUAUCUACUUCAUCACCCAGCA